AUUAGCACUGACGUUCCUGCUGGUUCGAUUGCGGAUACGGCGGCAAACAUGUCGGAUAUUCCAAUGGCCAGCGGAAUACAGCACCCUACUCAGCAAAACGAAAUUCUCGCGCAGCUUGCGCAGAUCCCGCAGGACCAGUUGGCCAACUUCCUUCGCGUUUUAGCGGGCAUGAGCACUGUCGCUCAGGGCGGUAAUUUAACGAACAUUCUUCCUGCUAGUUCUGCCGCAGGUACCGGUCCCGAUACACCGGCCAAGCCUAGUUCUCGUCCGGCUGCAACGGGUACUCGCGAGGACGAUAGCCUACACGAGUUUGACAAUACCUCGACACAUCGCUCCCGCCAUGUCGCAAAUCGUUCUCGUCGGGACAUGGUUUCCGCCUCUGUCAUAGAGGAUGACGAUCUGGAAGACGACACUCCUCGUCUUGGCCGCCAACCAGCCAGAACGACCACACAGAAGAACGAGUAUAAUUGGGUACUCGGCGACCAGACCCUCCCAGUAGCGGCGCUUUCAGGGGUUACGCCUCCCUCUCGUAACCCGCUGAUGUACACCGCAUACAUCCUCAACAAUCUCGCCCGAUCUAGUCCCGAUGAAAACUUGCUUUGGUCGAUCCUACGCGCUGGUGGUGGAAUCCGGUACAUUGUUCGUCUUCUUAAGGUCAAGGAGCGUGCUCAGGGUCCAGACGGCACGUCGUACGCCGUACUCAAGUGGGGUCGUCCUCAGCAGCGUACUGCUAUUGCUGCCUAUGCAAAGCUCGCACAGACUAAUAACGGGGUCUCGUGUACUACCUGCCAGAACGCUUCGAGUGUCGGCCCGUUCCGGUCAUGCAUUGCGACGGGCGAGUUCAGUGGCGCUUGUACGAACUGCCAAUAUCAUUCACGUGCUGCCCAGUGCAGCCUACGUAACGGCGCUGACGAGACUGGAACUGUUCAGCGCGGUAUCAAGCGUGCCCGAACCGAUAUAUCACCAUCCGAGCAGCGUCCUCGCCCCCGUACUAGCGCUAGUGGUUUCCGCCACGACAGUGCUCGGCUCCAGAACGAGGACCAUAUUCACCAGUCUGGAGCGGCACCUAGUGGUACCUCUGCCAAGCAGCUCUUCCGCAUUCUCUUCUGUUCUAUGCCGACAGCAGAGCUGGAGGCUAUCGUUAAGGACGGUCGCCUAGAACUUGACCGUCGUGGCAGCACCAUUUGAGCUUCUGGGGCUGGAGAUUACGACGAUUACGAUUGGGUCUUUAUGGUACGGAGUUUGGGAUGUGAGAUGCAUUGGGUUA